GACAGGCUAAAUUUCGGGCGUCAAGAACGACCUGUGAUGAUAAAUAGGCGUUACACCGAUCGCGUGAUACUGGGAAAUAAAAGGUUCGAGGCGGUUGUCAUUCUCUAGGAAGCUGCUGGAACACUUUAAAGGGUCUCAGAAACAAGAAACGAACAUGGAUGUCCGCACCGGUUUCAUCGUUCUGUUCUGCUUGAUGGGAUUCACCUGUGCGGAGCCAGUGAAGUUCCUGGACUGCGGCUCCUCCACUGGAAAAGUGGCCGUGGUGGACAUUAACCCUUGUGCCAGUCAGCCAUGCCAGCUACACAAAGGAGAGUCCUACAGUGUCAAUGUGACAUUCAACAGCGCUGUGGAGAGCCAAACGAGCAAGGCAGUGGUUCACGGCAUUAUUGCUGGAGUUCCCGUCCCCUUCCCCAUUCCAAUGGAAGAUGGCUGCAAAUCUGGAAUCCAGUGUCCCAUCCAGAAGCAGCAGAAUUAUCACUAUGUGAACGCCCUUCCUGUGAAGUCUGAGUAUCCCGCGAUAAAACUGGUUGUGGAGUGGGAACUGAGAGACGACAACAAAAAGGACUUGUUCUGCAUUCGGUUCCCAGUUCAGAUCGUGAGCUAAACUAUCAGCAGUAUGUCUUGAUUAACCAGUGUUUGUUUUUUUUCUUUUAAAAGGGAUUCAGCUUUGAGUAAAAACCUAAACAAGAAUGUAAAUGCCUGUAGUUAAGAUCUCAUUUUAUUCAUUCAUCAAAGUGAUUUUAAGAUGUAUGUCUUUCACUAGUUUGCAAGACUUUGCCACGUGUGCACAUCUUGAAUCCUGCUGAACUAAGUGGCUGAUUUUUGCUGUCAUCUUCCUAACAGUCAGUUUUAAGAGUUGUGGAAUGACAUGGUUCAUGUUUGUGUGAAUGACCCUGAACUACAUUCCACUACAGUGCAAAAGUCUUAUCUUACUGGCUGCUGUGUAGUCAGAAAAGGAACAUACAAUACUGUGGUUGCUAGAACUUUUUGUAAUAUUGCUCACUGACCUUGUACUACUGAAAGACAUUGAAUUGGAAUAUGGAAAUUAAAUUCUAAUAAAGAAAUCUAAUAUGUA